AUGCGAUUGCCAUUUUGGGCCAUUGUCUCCCAGACGGCGGGACUAUUUCAGUUCAUCGGAGCCGGGGCGAGCUCCACGGACCCGGGAGUGGUGACGACGACAUCGUCAGCAAUAUCAUCAACAACAUCGAUUUCAGCAUCGGAAAUUAUCGCCAGGUUUCCGCGCUGUGCAAUUCCGUGCGUUACCUCCGUCAUUGCAAAUUCCACAUGCUCACCCGAUGACAUCCCAUGUCUUUGCUCCGACAAGACGGCCAUGGGCACGGCCAGCGUCUGUGUAGAAGAUCGCUGUCCUCUUGCAGAUGCGCUUGUCACCAAAAAUACAACACAAACUGCAUGCCAUGCACCAAUUCGAGAUCGGUCAGGGGAAUUCAAGAACACCGUCAUCGCACUCGGAGUGGUUACCAUUGUAAUCACAGUCACUCGCCUCAUAUUCAAACAAUUCUUCCAUCCAGCCAAGAAACUCGGCGCCGACGACUGGGCUAUAUUCGGAACGUUGGCCAUCUGCAUUACCGGUCUGGUAAUUGGAAUCCGGGGUCUAACAGCCAACGGAUUGGGUAAAGAUGUCUGGACGUUGCAAACAUCUGAAAUAUCUCAGUUUGUGCUAUACUUCUACGUCCUUGAGAUACUGUACUUGGCUGGCAUUUCGCUAGUAAAGCUCAGUAUUUCUCUGUUUUACAUGAAUCUCUUUGCGGCAACCGUCGCGCCAGCGGUAUUGUGGGCAACGGUAAUUUUUAAUAUCCUGUACGGGCUGAUCUUUGUCACUGGGGCCAUCUUCCAGUGCACGCCUGUCGAUUUCUACUGGAGGCAAUAUCUCGACGCAUCGGAUGGCCAUUGUAUUAAUAUUAAUCUGUUUGGGUGGCUCAAUGCCGGCAUUGGGCUGGUUAUCGACCUUUGGAUGAUCAUCCUCCCCAUGAGCCAGGUGCUUCCCUUGCGGCUGCAUUGGAAGAAGAAGAUCGGAGUUGCAAUCAUGCUUCUUCUUGGAACAUUCGUUACGGUCGUGUCCGCACUGCGCCUUCAAUCAUUGAUCCAUUUCGCGAAUUCCAACAAUCCGACGUGGGAUCAGUGGACCACAGCUUAUUGGUCGGUACUGGAGAUAAAUGUCGGAAUGAUCUGCAGCUGCCUUCCUUCACUCCGCCUCAUCUUGGUUCGCCUCUGUCCCAGCAUCUUUGGCUCUUCGAACUCAUCAUCUUACCAUCACGAGCUCGGUCCGGCGGGUAAAAGCUUUCAUCGGAGUAAGGUUGCACGGACGGAGGACGAUACAGAGUCACACAGGUACAUCAUGGACUUGGAUGAGCGUUGA